AUGACGAGAAGGAAAUCUCCGGUCGUCUUGCCUCAACCCGCUACACCGGUUCUUCGUCGAUCGGCGAGGCUUAUCUCUCUGCAAAACCGAGAUGGUCAAGUGAGAUCUGGGAAAGAUCUGGCCUUUCGCUCGGAACCACCACCGAGGAGAAGCGGCCGGAAACUCGUCGCAGAAGUAUCCGGGAGAUUAGCGUUCGAAGAUUCGAGCUCGAAGAAAUCCCCUGGAUCCAACAGUUCGAUUGAUGGGUUUCCUACGCCGAGGCGAUCUCUUAGGAUUUCGAAAAUGGGAUUUUCCGAUGCCGGCAAAGAGGAGCCUUCUCGGUGUGAUUCUGCGAAACCUGCAGUUACCCCAUCGUCUCGCGUGAAAUCGACCAAUGCCUCGUCUUCUUUUACUCUGAGACGAUCUCCUAGGUUCUCGAGUGGAGGAGGAUCUCUGAGACGGUCUCCUAGAUUCUCGAGUGGAGGAGGAUCAGGUAACUGUGUUUUGAGUAGAUGUAGUACGAAUUCAAUUUCAUCUGAGAAAGGAAACGGUGGAGAUAGUGUGAGAUCUAGGGACAGAAGUAGAAGUAGAAGUAGAAGUAGAAGUCGUCCUCGUCCAAAGACUAAGCAGAUGUUUAGAGAUAGUGAUGAUAAUGAAGAAGAAGAAGUUAACUGUGUUUUGAGUAAGAGUUGUACGAAAUCAGUCUCAUCUGAGAAAGGAAAUGAAGGAGAUGGUGUGAGAUCUAGGGACAGAAGUAGAAGUAGAAGUCGUCCUCCUCCGAAGACUAAGCAGAUGUUUAAAGAUAUUGAUGAAGAAGAAGAAAAAGAAGAAGUUACUGAGAAGAAAAGGAUGAGACUUGCAAAGGAAAACGAGGAAGAAAAUGCUGUGCCAAAAGCUGAUGAAGGGAAGAGAAUAGAAAUGGAAGUAGUAGAAGAAGAAGGAGGAUUGAAGACAAAGAACAAGCUUGAGAAAGGAUGGACAGAGGAGCUGGAGCCUCCUAAUCAGAAGUUUCUGAGAUCCUCAAAAUCUGUUUCCUUAACUAAGAUCUAG